UUUUUGUCCGCUGACCGUCCGUCCGUCCCCCCAUUCUCCGCAAAACAGUGAAUGUGAAGGCCCACGCAAAGACUGUCGACCGCUCCAAUCCUUCCGCCAUGUUCAAACCCUCCAAGCCGAUGAUGGCGCGCUUGCGCCUGACCACGAAGCAGGUCAAUGGCGGCUACUACAAAGGAAACCGGACCGGCUCCAUGGGUUACUUCGCAAAGAAUGGAUCCUACGUGAUCGACUGGAAGAAAGUCCGCACAUAUGUUGUCCCCGAGAACCUGGAUCAAUUCAAGCUCACCCCGUUCGUCACGAGAGUCAUGAGCCCGACGCAAUCCAAGUACACUCGACAGCUUGAGAAGAAAGGCAGGAUCAUCACGGUUGAGCGCGCUCUCGAGGGCAAGGACUACCUGGACAUGUGGGCGCUUGAUAACGGCCGGGAGGUCCUUGAACAGGAGCAGAUUGACAAGCAGCUCGCGAUAGAGGAAGAGCGCAGGGCUGCCCAGGCCGCGAAGGCCGCGAAGGCUGCGGAGGCUGCGAAGGAGGCUGAGGCCGCUGCCAGGAAAAAGGCUAGAAAGGCGGCUUGGGCAGUUAUCCACAAGGAACAGGAGCAGGCCAAGCUUGCCGCCGAAGCCGCAGCGACUAAAUCGACGACAUCAUGAAAUAUCCGCAGAAGAAAUACGUUGAUUCCGAACCAAGUCUAUCACUGCUUACGGCAGUCGCUCACCCCUGGCUACAGCGGUAGCCAACGGUGGCUCAACGAGGCAUGUUGGCUCUCACGCUGGGGGGGUGUUUCAGCUUGUCCUCAUGCGCUGGUUUGUGUGGAUUGUAUCAUAUGUAUAGUGGUUUGUUUGUGGUGCUGGAGGGCUGUCGCGAUGGUCCAUUUGGACUUCACAUCAGCCAGGGCGCAGAGGGGCUGACAGGUUGCUAUCGCCUACUGGGUCAGCAUCUCAUAAAUGCAUGUAUUGGUUUUGGGGCGUCUCUCGGGUUUUCUUGCAGUUCAGCAAUUGAUCAUACAGUCUUUCUUUCUUCUCCGAGUACCUGGAUUUUCUUGAAUCGAAUUAAAUAGACCUUCGAUCUGGGAAUAGAUGAUCUGCUCAGAAGCAGAUCACGGCUGCG